CUCCUCUCUCUCGCCAGCGGCGACUGGGGUUCUCCCUCCACACCGUCUCCCAGUUCCUCGCCCCCUUCUCCGCCCACCCUCCUGCCAGAGCGUGCAGAAAGGGAACCGCAGCCCGAGCGCGGCUGAGGGCGCCGGGGGAGGCGGCCGUGGGUGUGUGCGUGUGUUUGAAGGACGCCACCUCUCGCUCCUGCGUUCGCAGGCGGUGACUGGCGGCGGGGCUUCUCGCUCCGGCAACGGUGGCGACCGCGGCGGCGGCUUCCGGAGUCCCGCCGCGAAGAUGCUCAAAGUCACGGUGCCCUCGUGCUCCGCCUCGUCCUGCUCUUCGGUCACCGCCAGUGUGGCCCCGGGGGCCGGGAGCCUCGUCCCGGAUUACUGGAUCGACGGCUCCAACAGGGAUGCUUUGAACGAUUUCUUCGAGGUGGAGUCGGAGCUGGGACGGGGUGCUACAUCCAUUGUAUACAGAUGCAAACAGAAGGGGACCCAGAAGCCUUAUGCUCUCAAAGUGUUAAAGAAAACAGUGGACAAAAAAAUCGUAAGAACUGAGAUAGGAGUUCUUCUUCGCCUCUCACAUCCAAACAUUAUAAAACUUAAAGAGAUAUUUGAAACCCCUAUAGAAAUCAGUCUGGUCCUAGAACUCGUCACAGGAGGAGAGCUGUUUGACAGGAUUGUGGAAAAGGGAUAUUAUAGUGAACGAGAUGCUGCAGAUGCUGUCAAACAAAUCCUGGAGGCAGUUGCUUACCUACAUGAAAAUGGGAUUGUCCAUCGUGAUCUCAAACCAGAGAAUCUUCUCUAUGCAACUCCAGCCCCAGAUGCACCACUCAAAAUUGCUGACUUUGGGCUCUCUAAAAUCGUGGAACAUCAAGUGCUCAUGAAGACAGUAUGUGGAACCCCAGGGUACUGCGCACCUGAAAUUCUUAGAGGCUGUGCCUAUGGACCUGAGGUGGACAUGUGGUCUGUAGGAAUAAUCACCUACAUCUUACUUUGUGGAUUUGAACCAUUCUAUGAUGAAAGAGGCGAUCAGUUCAUGUUUAGGAGAAUUCUGAACUGUGAAUAUUACUUUAUCUCCCCCUGGUGGGAUGAAGUAUCUCUAAAUGCCAAGGAUUUGGUCAGAAAAUUAAUUGUGUUGGAUCCUAAGAAAAGGCUGACUACCUUCCAAGCUCUCCAGCACCCGUGGGUCACAGGUAAAGCAGCCAAUUUUGUACACAUGGAUACAGCUCAAAAGAAGCUCCAAGAAUUCAAUGCCCGGCGCAAGCUCAAGGCAGCAGUGAAGGCCGUGGUGGCCUCUUCCCGGUUGGGAAGCGCCAGCAGCAGCCAUGGCAGCAUCCAGGAGAGCCAGAAGGCCAGCCGAGAGCCAUCUCCAACACAAGAUGGCAAUGAAGAUGUUAAAGCUAUUCCGGAAGGAGUGAAAAUUCAAGGAGAUGGGGCCCAAGUGGCAGUUGAGGGGGCAGAGGCUGAGCUGAUGAAGGUGCAGGCCAUAGAGAAAGUUAAAGAUGCUGAAAUAAAUGCUGCUGAGGCCACCAAGAUGGUGCCCGAGGCAUUAGAGGAUGGGAUAAAGGAGGCUGACCCAGAAAUAGAGGAGGGCCUAGUGGAGGAAAAGCUGAAGACUGUUGAGGAAGCAGCAGCCCCCAGAGAAGGGCAAGAAAACCCUGCUCUGGAAUUUGGAGCUCAGCAGAAUGAUGUGAUCCUGCCAGAGUACUAAGUGGCUUCCUUCCAUCUGGGAGCCAAAUCCUGGCACUUUAUGCAUUUUGUCCUUCAGCAAGGAAGGUGUGGAAGCAUGAUAUGCAUUAUAGUGAUUCUGUUUUUAAGGUGCAAAAAAAUACAUAUAUAUCAGUUGGUAAUCCUAACUUCAAUGCAUGUGACUGCUUUAUGAAAAAAUAGUGUCUUCUAUGGUAUGUAAUGGAUACCAAAUACCUACUGAUGAAUUAAAUUUGAAAUUGCAAGUAAACACAACAUAACAUUUAAAAACAUACAUUUUCAGGGACCAGUAGCACACAUUUGAACUAAAUAGUAACAAAUUGUUUUUGCUUUGAAAACCUAGCCAGCCUACACCCUUUGGAUUUCUUUACAAGGACUGUUGCUCAGCUAAUACUAGGUAGAGCUAUAAGAUGUAUUCCCAUGACAUUCACAGUCUUUUCAGUAAUGUGUUCAAACUGUUUACAAGAAGAUGGUUAGGUUAUAGUUGUAUGGUAUGUGCAAAAAAACAAAUCCACUUAUAAUGGUAAGAAACUGAAGCAUACUUUAAGGGCUAUGAAACCAUAUGCCCCUAAAGCUUGUGUGCAGAAUGCUUUUUUUAUCUUGUCUUUAUUUAUACACAUCAUAUUACUAAUAACCAAAAACAUUCUAUUACAAAUUUCUGCCAUUUUACAGUCCUAAAAAAAUUAUUUUACAAACUCACGCUGAGGAAUUUAUUCUUUCCUUCACCUGCUCUCUAACAAGAAGUCCUUCUGAUGGACAACACUUAGGGGUGGAAUAAAGAAAUUUAGUGAAGAAAAGGAGGUAAGACUGGGGCUUAGACUAAUAAAGACUGACUCCUUGUCAUUUUUCAGAUAAAAUUGAAUUUAUUCACAAGCUUGUACAAUUUUAAAGAUAGGAACACUUUUAUGGAUAAACUCUAUACUUACCAAGGUUCAGAUAUUUAGAAAAGUCUACACCAAAGGCUGAUGCCAGAAUGUCUGAAGAGAGUGGGAAUAAUAUCCCAUUGUAAGAUCAUCCAUUAUUGACUUUAGUAAGGAAACCUUUGUUUUUAUAAAAGUCCUUUUUUUCCUUCAACUGAUGGUUAUUUAGAUAUACGGCUUAUGGACUAAAGAUAUUUCUGAAAAGCUAGUAUAUCUUUUUCUCAUACUUGGAAUGGAAGCACCCAUAAUUUACAAUGCAUUUUUGAAAGUUUCCAUGUCCAGAAAUGUAGGACAAUGCAGCUUUUAAUUUACUUUAGUAAACAAAAACAAAAAGAAACAAUGAAAAACACACUGAUUUCAAAUCAGACUCUUGAGAAGCUGUAACAUUAGACCUAAUACAUUACCAUGAUUUUUUUCAAAAUAUUUUUCUUUCGUUUUCAUAUAAACAGUUUUCCCUUAUAAAAAUCACAGUUAAAUUCCAAAUACCUCAGAUUUAUUUCUAGCUUGAGCUUAAAUGAACAUUUUUAUCAAAUUAAUUAUCCAGCAUAUUUUAGUAGGUUUCUUUAAUUUUAAAAAAGGAUUAUUUUCAGGCCAAAAUUAUGAAUAAAAAUGACUAUCACAUAAAAAUCCUCCUCAAAAAUAGAGAUCUUAAAUUCUUUUGGCUCUUCCUCAGACCUAUUAAAUUAGAAAAUUAAAUUAAACCUCUGGUUUCUGGGGACUAUCGGACCUUGGAGACAUUCUGCUUUCCAAGUGCAAAUCUUUCUUUACUCCUGUUCUCAUGAGAAGAAAAUAAGGUAGAACUUCUUGUCUUCCAUAAUAUAGGGGCCAGACAGAUCACUGACGUGGAGGAAAAAGCCCUUAAGGGCACAUCAUCUGGACUCAGAGAAAGAUUUUUUGUUUCAUUUUAUCUUUAUUAAUUAGUAGAGAGUACUUAUCUUCUUCUCUACUGUUUCCUUCCUUCUUUAUUCUCUCAGAAUUUCCAUUUUAGCUAUUAUAAGGGGCUCACUAGUUUCAACCUUUAAGAAUGCCUUCUUCCCUAAGCAUUAAGAUUUCUAUUUUAAAAGACCAAUUGCCUGGUAUACUUUUCCCAAAGAGACUUAACAGGUGUAUAUGGUGAGGCGUAUAUGGUAAGUGUCCCGUAUAUUGGAAAAGGGAAGAAGAGAGGGAAAGGAAUCUUAAUGGAAAGUGGCAAUACUAAUAGGAAGAUGAGAACACAUUGUCCCUCCCAGCCCACCUCCAUAUUGUUCCAAGGUCAGUGGUUAUAUCAUCCCAACACUCAGGGCUGACUGCAAUGGUCAGACCUGCAGACUGUGUAGUGUGAAGAGCACUGCAAAUGCCAAGGCCAGUGUGUGUUUAAGAAUUUACCCAUUUAAAUGAGUACACAUGCCUAUUCCCUGGUGCGUACUCGAGGGUGUGAGCGUAAUUUCCUCUUUUUUAACCCGUAAAUUGCACCCUCUAAAAAUCAGCAGGAGUUUUAAAUUUUGACUUGUAUGUUAAAGAUUAAGUCCUGAUAAUGCCUAAGUGACUGAGUUAGUCAUUUCAGUGGAAAACAAGUCAAAGCUUCACAAAAAUCGGUCAUUUCAGCCAAAUGAUUCAACCUAAGAUUUCACAGAGAUGCUAUUUAAGUUAGGAUAGUUAAAUUAACAUUUUUGAAAAAACAGUAAACAUUUAUAUUGCUUGUUAAAAUGGGAUAUAUUAUCUAUCUCAAAGAUUACUUAUUUAUAAUAGUAGACUAAUGCAGAUAGAACCUUAAUUUGAUGAACUAUUUCAUAAUGUUUCCUUUAAUUGACAAUAUAGUCACAAAGCAAAUAAUUAAGGGAAUUUCAGCAAACAAUAAAUUACAUUUUGCAUUUUAGAGAUGACAGUUAUUACAUUAUUGAUUUUUGUUUUCAGAUAAGUUCAGAUACAUAGCAUCAACCAGACUAUUUUGCCAUAGAGAAGGAAAAUCUUGAAUUAUUUCUCCCAUUUAAAAAGUCUAAUUGGAAUCCCAGUGGUUUUUCUCAAACCGUAAGAGCUCAUUUGUCCCAUGAAUACAUAAAUAAGGUAGAAAUUAGAAUAAUAUGGUUGUAGAAGUUAUUGUCUAGAACAAGUGCUGCCUAAUAUAGAUGAUACGAACCACAUAUGUAAUUUAAAAUUUUCUCCUAGCCACAUUUUAAAAAGUAAAAAGAAAAAAAAAAGCUGGUAAAAUUAACUAUAUUUUAAUCCAAUAUAUCCAUACUAUUAUUCCAAUACAUCAUCAAUAUGAAAAAUUAACAAGACCUUUUAAAUUUUUUAUUUUUCUACUAAGCUUUCAAAAGAAGGAUUAUGUUACACCUUUAGUACAUCAAGUGCUCAAUAGCCACAUGUGACUAGUGGCUACAGUGGUACUGGAAGAGCACUGGUCUAGAGCACUUUCAAAGCAAAAUGACACACGAAUUUCUAUGCUUAGAUUUGAGCUGCCUCAGUUUUCCACACUGAUGAGUUGGUAGGAGGCCAAAAAGAAAAUGUUUCAGAAAUGUCAUAGACUGAGUAAAAACUGUUGGCCACGUCUACUUAUUCAUGUGCUUCAGAGGAGAAGUGUUUCCCAGCAUGACGGUUAGAGAACUUUCCUGGGCAUUGGCAAGUUGUCUGUUGGCUACAGUUCCUCUCUUUGGGCCCUGGAAUCUUGACUACAGGCUAGCGUCUCCUGAGUACUGCCAUGAAGCCAAUCGUGUUCUCACAUACCAAAAUCUACUGCGGGCGAACCAUGUGUCCUCAUUCAGGAAGGACUGCACACAGAAUCUUAGUGGGAUUUUGUAGGCCUGGCCACCAACAAGGCUGGACACCAUCCUUGUGUUGCAGGCAAUAUUUCUUUAUAGAAAUCUUCUGAAAUAAUACCAAAUUUGCAUGAUAAAGACUGUAUGAUAAGGAUGAUAUCACCCCAGUUAUCCUUAAAAUGAGAAUAUGACCAUCUACUGGCAUUUUUUAUAUUUCCUUAGAAGAGUUUAAUCAACUCUGCCAUUACACAUGGAUUCAAAAGACUUUUUGGAAUUUUCUUACAUAUUGCUAUUUUAGAAUAAUCCUCAAGGUUCUAUAGCCAUUUUUAGUGGCAGACUUUAAAAGAAAGGAACAGUUUGCCUUUUACUGUGACCUCAAUUAUAUAGUAUUUUAAACAUAUUUUGUAAUUUAGAAUGUUUAGCAAUCCCUAUUUCCAGUUUCACAUGCAAGGUAACUGCUUGAAGAUUGCCUAUAGACUGAAAAUUUAGAGAAAGCCAUUUUGUUUCAUAAUUCAGUUGUUUCACAGAAGCAUCUGGUUGCAUUGCAAAUCUGAAAAUAAAAGAAGUAAAUGCCAAAAAAGGCAAAGGAUAAAAUCAGUAAAUCAUUUAUUCUGUUUCAGGAUUGUCUUUGCAAAGCAAAUGCAAAAAAAGUCAAAAAAGUGAAUCAGCACUAGGUUUUUCUUGAUGAGGCUGACUCCACAUAAAUUGACAUAAAUAUACUGAGCAGAGUCAAUUACAUAAUUACAGUGCCAUUAUGUAAUUUACUUGUCAUUGCGGAGUAUUCAGUCUGGUUAUCUAGGUCUACUUUAGCUGGUGCCAAAUUUUCAGACAUCUACUUACAUAAUAGGAUUUGUAAUAUCCUUGUAAUUACUGCCUAUUAGGUCAUAUUCAAAUUUCCUUAAUGUUCAGCACUGAUAUGUCUCUGAUCAAGGUCGUUGCUAACAUUUGAGCAUUUACUGGUUAAAUACUGCUUACUGGUUAGACUCUACGUGUGUCUUCAGUGUUUUUUUUUAACAUUUAUGCACAUAUAAUCUCAAUAUUGGUAUUAUAAUAUUCAUAACCACAUGUUAAGCAGAAAUGUAACCAAUAAUUUUCUAUGAAACUUUUUCAAAGUUCUUUUCUUCGCCGGCACAACUCAGGGUGAGUUUCUGGCUCCUUGACAAAUGGAAAAAGAACCUAAAAGAUCACUGGAGAGAUAUCAGGUAUCCACCCAUAGUAACCAAGCUCAGCAUUUCUUCUUUCUACAUCCUGAUCUGUUAAGGGCCAGUUUUUGUCAUCAUUACUUUCAAAUAUCACCUGAGAUCAGAUAAUAUAGUCUCAGCUCACAUAACCCAACCGUUUAUAUACUUUUCUUGGAGAGCAAUAACAAACUUGACUAAUUUAUGUUUGCUUGUUUAAAAUUCUAAUUUUCACACACUCUCUGUGGUGUACUCUAGAGGCUUUGAUUGUGUGAUUUUAACUUCCUUCAAGAUUGUCUUUUCUCUGUCACCUGGCCCAGAAGUCUACCUAGGACAAGGAGGAAGCCUUGCCAUGAGAGUGGACCAUGUGAGUCCUUGACAGGAAUCAGACAUUGCUCUAGUGAAGACUCAAGGCAUGUGACUUGGUUGAGCUCAAAUGAGCCAAAUGGGAAACACCUCUUCCAGUGAUACUGUUUGAAUAUUGGUACAAUGCCAUUAGUCAGUAAUGGAAAAUGAGAUUUCACCAAUCAUUUGCUCUUCCCAUGACUUGGUUUGCUGCCACUUGUCCCAGAUCAAUGUUUUGUUCCAUCCCUAUGGCCAUCAAGCUGCCCUCUCGAAUUCUGAAGUCCUCUAAAAUCCUGGAAAGAGUAUCCCAGACUGGUUGAAGAAAUGUAGAGUCCUUGGUGGCCCAGAAUUUAGUUUGAAACUCUAAACAGCAAUGCUAAGACAGCAAAAUCAUACUGUUCUUAACUAGUUGUUUUCAGCACAUUUUGAAAACUGACCUGGAAUACCCAUGGAUAUGGAAUAUUUAUAUCUGUGUAGUCUUUUCUGUGAUUCACUGUGUUAAAAAUGACAGAUACUUAAUCUUCAGUCAGAUCAUAUAAUAUUUAUUUUCCAUUUAAAAGAUUAUUUUGGGCUACUCAACUAUAACAGGCUUCAUAUUAGAAUUUUUGAAAGCUGUUGUUUUCCCUAAGCACGCUCUCACUCUGACAAUCAGUUGUGGAUGAUAAAAAUUUACUAAGUUUGUCCUUUCUUUGUCCUUUCCUUGAUACAUGUAUGGUAGUUAAUCUGGUUUGUAAAGGAUACAAGUAAGAAUGACUAUAAAGUGACAACUGUCAUCUCAUAACUGCCUCCUUUUAACUUGACCUAUUUUUAUAGCCUAUCAUGCAGCUAAUAUACGGUACAUACAAAUAGCAUAUUCAUGAGUAUGAUUUUUAUUGUCAAGAUUAUUAUUUCAGAAGUUCUCAAAAUGUUUAUAUUCAUGCACCCUUAAUUUCAGUAGUAUUUUCAUGACCCCCUACCUACCAAGCCAAAAGAAUUACCUAACAUGCCCAUUUUUUAAGUAGUUAGGUCCAAACAACAUAAUAGUAGUAGUGCAUUCCAUGUCUGACUGCUGUUGCUGUGUUUCCCUUGACAUGUUAAAAUGUCCUCUGAGUUUACUGAGUGGGAACAGCAGACAGGUGACAGACAAAAGGGAUUAUCAGUAAACAAGUUAGGGGCUAAUGUUUAUACUCUUCCUUAUUUGAAUGCCAAUCAUUCUUUUAUCUAUGGUCUUUGUGAUAUACACAUAAAACUUAUAUGUGCAUUUUUAAAAAGUAAUUUCCACAUAACUACCCAAGGAAAUAAAGUUAAAUCUCCAAAGAUCAGUUUUCAAGAGUCAGGCAAACUAUGGGUCACGGACCAAAUCCACCAGAGCCCUGUUUUAUAAAUAAAGUUUUAUCAGAACACAACCAUGCUCAUUUAUUUAUACAUUGGCUAUGGCUGCUUUCAUGCUACUAGGACAGAGUGGAGUAGUUUCAACAGAGACUGUAUGGCCCAGAAAAGCCUAAAAUGUUUAUCUGGCCUUUUACAGAAAAAAAUUGAUGACCCUGGUUUUUCAUGGCACCCUGCCUUUUUGGUAACAUCUAGGAAUACAGAUUCCCAUACUCCAGAUUUCUUCUCCUUAGCUUAGGGUUCUUAUCCCAUUUGCUUCUUAGGAAGUUAGGAGAGGUUUGUUUCUGUGCAGAUGGUCUCAACAAUAAUUUUGCUGGAAGUACAACUUAACAGUAAAAUUUCCCUAGAGAACUAAAAAUUCAAAAUUGCAUCAUUCCUGAAAAGAAAAGUUUAGAGUAUGAAUUGACUUGUUUAAGAGAGAGGAAUUAGAAAGAUUUCUAGCACAUCAAGCAUGUUUUAGAAAAUUGAUCCUUUUAUUUAAAAUCAUGUAAAUGACAUUUUAUAUUGCCCACAUUUAAGUCAAUCUGCAGCUGUUAUUUAGUAAGCCAAGAAAUGAGAGCCCCCUUUGGUUCUGAAUCCUUCAGAAUAUUUUCAAGUAAUUUAUACCAAUUGUAUUUUCAUUUAAUCAUUUUUAGGAAAUAACAUGCUUUAUUAUGUGGCAUUCUAUGACAAUGACUUGCUUAUCAAUAGCUCAGGAAACAGGCAAAUAGCCAACUUUUUAAUGUAAGAAAGCUACUUUCCAAUCCCUGUGUUUUUCUGAGUGUUAUAUAUUUCAUUUCUUCGGAAAGAGAAGGCCUUGAGCAAAUGCUUUCCUUUCCUUUUCUUACAUAUUUAGAAAUCCAAGAGGGCCCCUUUUCUUAGUCUAUUUCUGUCACAGAGAAAUUAUUCAUUCCACAAUAUUUGCCUUAAGGGAAGCAGGUGGCCCAGAUAUUGAGAAUGUAGGCAUGCAUGACCUUUGUGUUUGACUUUGAACAUCUAUAGCCAAAAGGUUACAAAUGAGAUAUUGAGUAGAAAACCUAUUAUCAGCUUAUUAUUAGGAAUACCUAAAAUUAUAUCAUGACUCUAAUUAAAUAAUAUAUUGUUUUCUUUAAACUGUUGCAGCAAUCAAUAUGAUGUAGCCACUGGAUACACUAUAGAACUCAGGAAAAAAAGAGAUGAAUCGUCUGCCUGCUCCUCAUGGUUGAUGUGAGUAGGAGGGAGACUUUACUGGAAUGGAAGAGGGAAAAGUACACAGCUAGAGCCCAGCAGAUUUAAAGUGCCAUCUAGAAGCUGCAUAUACAUUUCAGGUAAUUCAAAUAUAAUUCUUCAAUCCAUCAUACGGCUCAACAUUGCAAUGAAAAUUUUUCCAUGAGGGUCUUGUUACCUGCAAUGGGUCCUCAUUCAACAGUGGAUUAUGUCAUCACUAGUUGGAGGUAUAAGUUACAAAAAACAAAGGGAACACAGAGUAGCUGAAAGUGGACAGUUUAUUAGUGGCACCCAGCUCAGGUGAUAACAGCCCUUAUAAUAAUGUACAUCUUGUUGCAAACUUAUCCAAUCUGGGCACCCUAUAAGUGGACAUCUGCUGGUAUUUUGCCGUGCUAGACUGAAUACUGGAAUAUAAGAAACCUCCUGCUCUACACUAAUAAAACCAAAUAAAAGACAAUAGAUUGAGUCAAAAUUAACAUUUAACAAUUUCCAUGCGAAACUGAAAGCUAAACUGCUCAUAUCUCUUUCCCUAUUGCAAGAAAAAAAAAGUAGCAGAGAAAUCCAGCAGCUCAAAAAUUAUAGUCAAUUUGGAAAAACAUAUUGGUGAUUAAUAAAUUUCAAGUUAAGAACAUAGGAUCGUUUGUGCAUUGCUUCUAUCAGACCUUGAAACAAACUAUUUUCAAUCUAAAAUUUGUGAGAUUAUUCACUAUGGAUAUUAUGGUGCUGCCACCUUUUGCUUUUUUUGAACAUCAUCUCCACACCAAAAAAAAUAAAAAUAAGUCAGCUCUACUUUUUCUACUUUAUCAAAAUGGGUCUGAAGAACUAUGACUUAUGCUUUCUUUACACUCAGGAAAACACAGGAAAGUAAAACACAGAUCACACCUUCAUGCAAUUGAACCACUAUACAGUUUUGUGCUUUUUGUGGCCUAUCUAGUAAAUACUAUUUCCAGAGCUCUCUUUACCCCAUACUAACCAAAAAAAAAAAAAAA